UCACAGCACACGGUGUGACGCUUCACCCUGUGACCCCGCCCAUUCUCCUCAGCAGCAUCUUCCCUGCUACACCCUCAGCUCCGGCCCAUCAUUGGACAAGAGAGCGGCACGGCAGGUGGGAAGGAGCCAAGGCCUGUAGCUGUCAGGAGUCGCCACUUCUCUGUCUUCAUCCGGUGUUGAGAAUGUACAACUGAGUAAGAAUUCAUCAUAUCAUGAGGCUGUACACUUACCUCAGCUUUCUGUGCAUUGUUACUGGAUCACUCAGUGAACAGUGCCAGGAUGGAGCUACUUUUGCUAAUGCUGCAAUAUCACCCAAUUUACAAAGAACACAUAUUAUGAGAGUGCCCAAUGCCCGGACCAUGUCUGACUGUACAACAGCUUGCUGUAACCAGUCAGGCUGUGACCUCUCCUGGAUGUUGGGUAGGCGAUGUUAUAUUGUGAACUGCCAACAUAAAGAGAAUUGUGAGCCCCAGAAAGUAGAGCACAUGAAACAUGUGAAAUCAUACCUUACAUUUGUCCUGAGACCUUCUGCAAGAUUUAUUCCAUUGCCGCUGUAUGGCAGUUUGAUGUCUCACAGAGGAUAUCCAUUGGAAGAGAAUGAUGAGUCUGAUGAGGACAUAGCACAUUUUAAAGAGCUGUCAUUCCUCAAUAAGAAUCCUAGUUUUCUAGAACUUGCAGACUACAAUGAGGAAUACAGUGAUCCCAAACUUGAUUUUCUUCCUUUAAGUGAUAAAGUAGACCAGAAAGAAAACCAUGAUUUAGACUAUUUGGGGUGGAUUUUGCCAGAGACUGAACAUGAUUCAAACUCUACAGCAGUAGAAAUUGGCAGACGCAAUGAGAAGCCAGAAGAAGGACUGAUGGAAGAGCCCACCGUGACUGCAGACCAAGUGACUGAGCCAUCAUUACUAAUUCACAUCCCUCCUACAGUUAUACAAGCAGGAGGAAGUAUGUCAGACUCAACAGGAACUAAUGAUGAUGCUGCAAGUGAGCCAACAACAAUUUUACCCAUUAUAAUACAAACCUUACCUUUUGUUACUGAAAGGACAACUAUUCAAGAGAUAAUAAUAGAGCCCCAAACAUUAUCAACAAAUCUGUCUUCUGCUGCAAUAUCUGAGACUUCAGUUGAACACACUGUUAUUCCCCCCACCACUGCAAAGAAGCCAUUUCAACAUCUGACAGUUUCCACUGAAACAGAAAUACUAGUAGUCCUGCCCAAAAAUGAAGUAGAAUUGAAUGCCGUUGUGGCACCUGAAGCACCAACAGAUAUGCCUUACUCUUUUGAAUGGAGUUUGAUCCAUCAACCUGUGGAUUAUCAGGGCCAGCUGAAUGCAAAACAUGCCAGAACACCCAAACUAUCCCAGCUUUCUCCAGGGAUGUACAUAUUGAAAGUUUCUGUGUCAAAUUUGAACAGUUUUGGAGAAGGAUAUAUAAAUGUGACUGUCAAACCAGCCAGAGUCAAUCAGCCCCCAGUAGCAAUUGUGUCUCCAAAAGCACUAGAAAUGUCUUUCCCUACAACAUCUGCCAUCAUCGAUGGAAGACAAAGUACAGAUGAUGGUAAAAUAGCCACUUACCUUUGGGAAGAGAUUGAAGGUCCUGGAGGAGAACCCAGAAAUGUAGGUGAUUCUCCAGUACUUCAUUUAACUGAGCUGAUAACAGGGAACCAUACCUUCAGGUUAACAGUUACUGAUAAUGAAGGAGCAAUUAAUUCUACGACAGCCUAUAUUACAGUCAGCAAACCUGCUGAUUAUCCACCUGUUGCCAAUGCUGGGCCUGAUCAAGUCAUAACAUUGCCCCAAAAUGCUAUAAUUCUAAAUGGAAAUAUGAGCAGUGAUGACCAAAAAAUUGUUAGCUAUGAGUGGUCCUUGAGCCCCAGCAGUAAAGGCAAAGUAGUGGCUAUGCAGAGUGUUCACUCACCAUAUCUGCAGGUAUCUGCAAUGCAAGUAGGAAAAUAUACAUUUGAACUAACUGUGACUGAUUUAUCCGGACAGCGUUCCAGUGAUAACAUUACAGUGACAGUACAACCUGAGCCUAAUACCCCGCCUGUAGCAGUGACAAGUCCAUAUAAAGAACUGAUUUUACCAAUGGAUUCUACUAUAUUAGAUGGAAGUAGAAGUAGAGAUGAUGAAGGCAUAACAGCCUAUAAGUGGGAAUAUAUAAGUGGUCCAUCCAAGGUGACAAUUCAGGACAGUGAUAAGCCAAUGGGACUGGUGACUGGGCUUCAAGUUGGUGUAUACACCUUUCAUUUGACAGUAAAAGACCAACAAGGAUUAAGCAGCACUGCUACCCAUUCUGUAACAGUUAAAAAAGAGAAGAACAGCCCCCCUAAAGCUUGCGCUGGUGGAACUCACAUUCUUGUACUUCCAGACAACUCUAUUUCGUUGGAUGGCUCAAAAUCUUUUGAUGACCAGGGAAUUGUUUCAUAUUUGUGGAAAAGGGAUGCCCAGAGUCCUGCAGCUGGAGACAUCAUGCACUCUUCUGAUCAUGAUCCCAUACUUCAGCUCACCAAUCUGGUAGAUGGAAUAUAUAUCUUCCAUUUAACUGUCACUGACGCUAAAGGAGAAACUGAUGUUGACACUGCAACUGUGGAAGUGCGUCCUGAUCCAAGAAAACAAAACCUGGUUGAAUUAAUUUUGCAAGUGGGAGUUGGGAAAUUAACAGAACAACAAAAGGACACUCUAGUGAGACAGCUGGCGCUUCUCCUUAAUGUGUUGGAUACAGACAUCAAGGUUCAGAAGAUAGCGGCGCAUUCUGAUUUGAGUACUGUAAUUCUAUUCUACGUACAAAGUGGCCAUCCUCUGAAAGUUCAAAAAGCAGCAAACGUGGCCCAGACUCUUCAGGACCAACUGUUAAAGGAGAAGGCAGACUUCCUUCUCUACAAAGUGCUCAGAGUGGAUACAGCUGCCUGUCUGUUGAAAUGCUCUGGCCAUGGACACUGUGACCCAAUAACUAAAUCCUGCCUUUGCUAUGCCUUUUGGAUGGAAAACUUGAUACAACGUUAUAUCAGUGAUGGAGAGAGUAACUGUGAAUGGAGUGUGUUGUAUAUCGCCAUAGUAACCUUUGCAAUGGUUGCCUUUUUAAUGGGCAUCGUUUGGCUUUGCAUCUGCUGCUGCCAAAGCCAGAAAAGGACAAAAAUAAGAAAAAAAACAAAAUAUACAAUUUUGGAUAAUAUAGAUGAACAAGAAAAAAUGGAGCUGACACCAAAGUAUGGAAUAAAGCACAGAAGUACAGCACACAACUCCAGCCUAAUGGUGUCCGAGUCUGAGUUUGAAAGUGACCAGGAUACUAUUUUCAGCCGUGAAAAAUUAGACAGGGAGAACCCCAAAACCAACGGCAUUGGAGCUUUCAAUAGUGGCAUACCCUUUAACUUUAGCUCACAAUGCAGAUAAAAUGUUGAGCCGGAAAAAGAAAGUACAUUAUAGUCUCAAAUGUGUGUGCACACAAUAAGGUGGGAGACUCUUUAAGGCAUUUUGCUUGUUUAGCACUGAAACUUUAACUCCACAUGUUAGGUAUAAAUGAUUUUUGAUGUGGAGGACAGGUAUAGGUGGGCUACCAAAAUAGUUUACUAUGAAUAAUUAAUAUCAAUAAUAAUAAAUAUCUAUAGUUUCUGUUAUUGUUGGUACUGAACUAGAAUAUGAAGCCAGUUUCUCUUAAGCACCGAAUUUCAGAAUUGCUGAUAAAACUAAUUACAAGUCCAUUAAGAAGCCCUUCAAUAAAAGGGUGGUGCUGCUUAGUAGGGAGGGGUUUGUUUGUAUAAAGCUAGAUAGGGCACUUUGAACAAACUGCUGUUUAUGAAGGAAGGGGGGCCAGGGAAAAUGGCCCAAAUUUCAAAUUAGUGCUUUAUAAUGACAAGAAAAAUAGACAAGUUCUUCCUUAAUAUAUAAAAUGUACUAAUACUUGGAUACAAAAUGAAUGACUAAAAUAUAUGAUUAUUAACUGAGCAAUGUGAUGGAUGUGUAAAUGUUAAACUAGUCAGGCAUUCAGAUUUUGAGGAGUAAUACCUAUUUAUAGCAACCAGUGUUAUCUGUAACAAGUCUUUUUUUUAUUGUUUUUGGACAAACUGUUGCUGCUUUAAAAUGAAAUGCUUACUUGCUGGUGCUGAGAUAAUACAUUUGCUAACCAAAUGCUA